UUCACAUGCACUCAGUGUGGGAAGAGUUUCAGCUGCUCAAAACACGUUAAUCUACACAUGAUGAUUCACACUGAAGAGAAACCAUUCACAUGCACUCAGUGUGGGAAGAGUUUCAUCCGCUCAUCAUCCCUUAAUAUACACACGAGGAUCCAUACUGGAGAGAAACAAUUCACAUGCACUCAGUGUGGGAAAAGUUUCAGCCAAUCAUCACACCUUAAUCAACACAUGAGGAUCCACACCGGAGAGAAACCAUUCACAUGCACUCAGUGUGGGAAGAGUUUCAUCCGCUCAUCAUCCCUUAAUCUACACAUGAGGAUUCACACUGGAGAGAAACCAUUCACAUGCACUCAGUGUGGGAAGAGUUUCAGCAACUCAUCAGACCUUAAUAAACACAUGAAGACCCACACUGGAGAGAAACCAUUUACAUGCACUCAGUGUGGGAAGAGUUUCAGCCGAUCAUCACCCCUUAAUAAACACAUGAUGAGCCACACCAUUCAGAGAUACCAUUCACUUGCACCUAAGCUGCAGCCACACUAGACUUUUCUCCCCAUAGACUUCCAUUCAUACGCACACGAAUGCGUCAGACCGAAAAUGCAAGUUUCGCAGUUCACUGCAUUGCAAAGUUCAAGCUUGGUGAACUCUGACCUGCGAAAUCGCUUUACUUGACUGUGUGAGACCAAUCGAAGAUCAAAACAUGACCUCUCUGGACAGAAAUGUAAAAUAUGGACCAAUUGCUCACUUUUUUUAAUAUCUAUUCAUCUUGUUUAAUCCUGCCCUUUUCGCAGAGCUGUACAACAGAAUUUUGCAUGCUCAAACUCUAGUGUGACUCCAGCUUUGGCGUGGGAUAAGUUUCAGCAACUCCUCAGACCUUAAUAAACACAUGAAGACCCUCACUGGAGCAUUUACAUACACUCAGUGAGGGAAGAGUUUCAACCGAUCAGCAAACCUUAAUAAACACAUGAAGAUCCACACUGGUGUGAAAGAGUAUAUGUGCUUUGGGUGUGAGAAGACUUUUAUUACAGCUCCAAAAUUGAAACUGCACCAGAUGUUUCACACUGGAGAGACAGUACAAGUGUUCACACUGUUACAAGAGGUUUAAUCAAUUAACACAUCUAAAAACACAAAAGAGGAUUCACACUGGAGAGAAACUGUACAGAUCUGAUCAGUGUCUACAGAGUUUCGCUUAUUCGGCGCAGCUUAACAAACACAUGGACAAAAAGUUGCACACAUGACAUGAAUGCAGCAAAACAUUUUCUCAUGUGCACAGGAUGUUUCAUGUCUGAAUAAUGUUUGAAAAGGCUGAGUGACGGUAUACUGUUUUCCAGCACUCCUACACUGCAGUAGGUCGGGUUGCAAAUGUGUUGCGUUCCUCGCGUUUACCAUAAACACAAUGGUACCGUAAACACAUUGAUGGUGGCUGAGAGAAGAACAGUUUCAUAAACAUCUGGCAAACAGCACCUCUGCGGCUUAAAAUCUCUUUGCAAGUGAUUGUACAGGUGCGGAUUACUUGUAUCAUGUAGUUAAAGUGUUGCUGUGAUUAUAUCCUAAGUUCUUUAUCUACAUUAUUAUCCCUAGACAUUUGUUGGUUGCUUUUAUUGAUUGUUCUAUGAGUGACAUUUUAUAAUAAAUAAUUUGCAUUCAGGCUA